AUGGCGCGGCUCGGGCGAGCGGGCUGCCGCCCGGUCGAGGUCCAGGAUCUUACUGUAGGAAUUCCUGAAGACACAUUGAGAAAUUUUAUGUUCAAUGUCUUGGCUGCUGUAUUUAUCCUGGAAUUUCUCAGUGGGAUCAAUUUGAUUGUUCAAACAUCAGCUCUAGAAAUAGUCGCCCCUGCCAUGCCUCCAUUCCAAGGUUGGAGACCAUUUCAUUAUUUGGCAUCCCAAGCUGAAGUCCUUGUAAGUGUUUCUGCACAACCAGCGGAUGGCCACCAAAGACAAAAGAAGCUAUAUUCAUCAGCAGUUGCCAUGUCAUCUGCACAUCCUCCUAUUUCAGCGCAUAGCUAUAGUUCCAUGCCUGGUGCUUUAGAUCUGGCCAUUUAUUCCUCAGAUCUAUCACAUACUCCAGUGCAGCAUACCAGACGCUUAGCAACAGCUGCUCCUGCUCACGUAGAUGCUGACCCUCCGGAUGCAGCUUCAAAUUCUAGCGCAGCUCCUUCUGGAUUAGUGCAGCCUCCAGUAUCUCCUCACAAUGGUUGUUGUGCACCGAACAUGGUACAAAAACGAGGGACCCGGGACUGCCAUUGUGUUUAUCCAGUGAGAAUUGAGCUCUUCCUUCGUAAUGUUUCCUUGACUUCAAACUGGAGCAACGAAUUUCUUCAAGAACUAGCUUCUCAGCUCAACCUGCGUGUUAAUCAAUUUGAGAUUGUAAAUUUUUAUGUUGUUGGAGCUUCUGGGCUAAAUAUCACAAUGGAUAUAGCUCCCUAUACUGGAAUUAGCUUUGCUGCUGAUCAAGUCAAGGCAAUGAAUUAUUCACUUACUCUGCAUACAGUUCGGAUUGAUCCUGUGUUGGUCGGGGACUAUAAUCUUCUUAAUUUAACUUGGUUCAGGCCAUUGGCUCCAGCCCCAGCUCCAGCAUUCACAAUAGCACCUAGGGCCUCUCCAUCUACAGUAUCCAACUUACCAAGACCGAGUGAGGGUCCCAGCAACAAUGGACAUCCAAGCCUGAUUACUGUGAUUAUCAUAUGCGUUGGUUCUCUAAUUGGAGUCUUGCUGAUUGUUUUAAUAAUAUGCUUCUGCACAAUUAGGAAAGGGAAAAAGAGAGUGCCUCAUGUUGAAACCCCCAAGCAAAGGACGCCAGACGCAGUUUCUGCAGUGGAGUCCCUUCCUCGCCCCACCAGCACAAGGUUCCUUUCGUAUGAAGAACUGAAAGUGGCAACAAAUAACUUUGAGCCUUCAAGUGUGCUUGGUGAAGGUGGUUUUGGUCGUGUCUUCAAGGGGGUACUGAGUGAUGGCACUGCUGUCGCUAUAAAGAAGCUUACUUGUGGAGGGCACCAAGGAGAUAAGGAGUUUUUAGUUGAAGUGGAAAUGCUGAGCAGGUUGCACCACCGGAAUCUUGUGAAACUGUUUGGUUACUAUAGCAGCCGUGAGUCAUCACAGAACCUUCUUUGUUAUGAGCUUGUUCCCAAUGGAAGCCUAGAGGCUUGGCUUCAUGGUGAACUAGGUGCUAGCUGCCCCUUGGACUGGGACACCAGGAUGAGGAUAGCACUUGAUGCUGCCAGGGGAUUAGCAUACCUCCAUGAGGAUUCACAGCCUUGCGUAAUCCACAGGGAUUUCAAAGCAUCCAAUAUAUUGCUUGAGAAUGAUUUCCAUGCUAAAGUGUCCGAUUUUGGUUUGGCAAAACAGGCGCCGGAAGGUCGGACGAAUUAUCUUUCUACUCGUGUUAUGGGAACUUUUGGGUAUGUUGCACCAGAGUAUGCUAUGACGGGACACUUGCUUGUAAAAAGUGAUGUAUAUAGCUAUGGAGUUGUUCUACUUGAACUACUAACUGGGAGGAGGCCUGUGGAUAUGUCACAGCCCUCUGGGCAGGAAAACCUAGUGACAUGGGCACGGCCAAUUCUCCGAGAUCAGGAUAGAUUAGAAGAACUAGCUGACCCCAGGCUUGGCGGCCAGUACCCGAAAGAUGAUUUUGUGCGGGUGUGCACAAUCGCAGCAGCCUGUGUUUCACCAGAGGCAAACCAAAGACCAACAAUGGGUGAGGUGGUGCAGUCACUCAAGAUGGUGCAACGUUCUGUGGAGUUCCAGGAAUCUAUGCCAACACCGCCUGCUCGCCCCAACAUCCGGCAAUCCUCGACGACCUAUGAAUCUGAUGGUACCUCAUCCAUGUUCUCUUCGGGCCCCUUCUCAGGCCUCAGCCCCUUUGAGACCGAAACCAUUCCAAGAACUGCAGUUUUCUCAGAAGAUCUCCAUGAAGGUCGAUGA